UGCGUAACGAUGUCUGACGUCAGAGCAGUCACAAGACCUUGCUAGCAGAGCCGAGCGCAGUGUGUGAGGACACGGGGCAACCGGUUCACACUUUGUUUUAUAUAGUGGUCUCAAAGGCAGGACUGACACCAUGGCCGCGGAGAACCAGCACUUACGGGUCUUUUGGAAUAGAAGAGGCGACUUUUUUCGGUGAUUUCUUUUUUGUUUUUCUUCCCAGAUAUCACAGCGCAAGAACAAAGCUCCUCGAGUCUGUACUUACAUCAUUGCGUAUGCGUGCGUGGCGGCUGUUGGCGGCGGCGGCAGUGUCUGGCUAGCUCAGCCGCACAUCACAGUCACGUUAGCAAGUCAACGUUGGACAUCGCCGCUAAGCUAGCAGGGUUGCUAGCUUGGCCGGUUUGUUUUGGUAGGAGCUGGUGUGUAGGUGAUGUUGUCCGUCCUGUCGUACGGUAGACUUGUGGCCAGAGCUGUCAUCGGCGGACUUUCUCAGACAGACGGCCGAGACUACAGCCUGGUGACGGCGAGCUGUGGCUUCGGCAAGGACUUUCGCAAAGGCAUCCUGAAGAAAGGGAUGUGCUAUGGGGACGACGCGUGCUUCAUCGCCCGACACAGAUCCGCUGAUGUUUUGGGUGUAGCAGAUGGAGUAGGUGGCUGGCGAGACUAUGGAGUAGACCCAUCGCAGUUUUCAGGCACACUGAUGAAGACGUGCGAGAGGCUGGUGAAGGAAGGACGCUUCGUCCCCAGCAACCCAGUGGGAGUCCUCACCAGCAGCUACUACGAGCUGCUGCAGAACAAAGUGCCCCUGCUGGGCAGCAGCACGGCCUGCAUUGUGAUUUUGGACCGGCAGAGUCACCGGCUGCACACAGCCAACCUGGGAGACUCGGGCUUCCUGUUGGUCCGGGGAGGGGAGGUGGUCCACCGCUCGGACGAGCAGCAGCACUACUUCAACACGCCCUUCCAGCUGUCCAUCGCCCCCCCGGGGGCCGAAGGAGCCGUCCUCAGUGACAGCCCCGACGCAGCAGACAGCUCUUCGUUCGACGUCCAGCUGGGGGACAUCAUCCUCACCGCCACCGACGGGCUCUUCGACAACAUGCCCGACUACAUGAUCCUGCAAGAGUUGAAGAAACUCAAGAACACAAACUAUGAGAGCAUCCAGCAGACCGCCCGCAGCAUCGCAGAGCAGGCCCACGUACUGGCGUAUGACCCCAACUACAUGUCGCCUUUUGCACAGUUUGCUUGUGACAACGGACUGAAUGUAAGGGGAGGAAAGCCAGAUGACAUCACAGUGCUGCUGUCUAUAGUGGCAGAAUACACCGACUAGAGUCUGUGUGGACGGGGGACGGGGGGGGUGGCAUCUGCCUCCACAGGUGAUGGACUGCUUUGAUUCCUGCUGGUCAGGAUGAAGGACUGAUGUCAGAUGCUUUAUCCGCAUGUGUCGACUCUAUUCUGCCUCAUCCCCCAGCUGACCAUCAACCCCUUCUGCCCCCCCUUUCUGCCCCCCC